AAUCUUGUCACUUCGACAUCAUGGCGUAGUAAUGUGGACGGUCGGUGGGUAGCGUUAGUACUGGGUGGACACGGAGAAGUUCAGAUAAAGUUUUUUUUAUUUUUAUUUUUUUUAAUAAUUGAGGGAACAAACUAACGGAAAGUACGAAUUCUCCUCGAGCAGAGUGUCGGGCCACGCUUAUUUUACUCAUAAUGGGAAAUGUGACCACAGGAAUGCUGAAAUAACAGAGUUCGGUCUGUGGGUGGUUUCCAUAAAGUUUGAAAACGGUGCUACGUCCCAGCGUCGGGCACUCCCAGGAUGUGAGGCAGCUGAUUAAAGGAAGGUUUAUCAGUGACUGAAAAUGAUGUCCGAUGCCAGCGACAUGUUGGCAGCUGCCCUGGAGCAAAUGGACGGCAUUAUAGCAGGCUCGAAGGCUCUGGACUACUCCAAUGGGCUGUUUGACUGCCAGUCGCCCACCUCUCCCUUCAUGGGCAGCCUGCGGGCACUUCACCUGCUGGAAGACCUGAGGAGUGUCCUGGAGAUGAUGGACACCGAGGAAAGGGAGAGUCUACGCUGCCAGAUCCCCGACUCCACAGCUGACAGUCUGGUGGAGUGGCUCCACGGUCACCUGUCCAACGGGCACAUUAAUCUGAGUGGGGCUGACCACUACCAGGAAAGGCUUUCCCGAAUAGAGAGUGAUAAGGAGUCUCUGGUUCUUCAGGUGAGUGUGCUGACAGACCAGGUGGAGGCUCAGGGAGAGAAGAUCCGAGACCUGGACUUGUGUUUGGACGAGCACAGGGAGAAACUCAAUGCCACCGAGGAGAUGCUACAACAGGAGCUUCUGUGUAGAAGUGCACUGGAGAACCAGAAACUAGAACUGAUGUCUGAAGUCUCCAACCUGAAGCUGAAGCUCAACACCACGGGGAAGGACGGACUCGACUUUGACAGAUUUGGGGACAGUGAGGAUUUGAUUCUUGAAAUUAAUGAACUGCGGUACAGACUGACAGACCUGGAGAGUGAAAAACUACAGUACGAAAAGAAACUUAAAUCUACAAAGUCGGUAAUGGCCAAGCUUUCUAGCCUGAAAAUCAAAAUGGGCCAGAUGCAGUUUGAGAAACAGAGGAAGGAGCACAAACUCCAGGCUGUGAAGGAGGAACUAGCCAUACUGAGGAGGCAGCUGGAGGGCAAAGACGGAGAGAUGAGGAGACUACAGGAUGAGACAGGCUUCAAAGCCAUCGCCUCGAGCAGUGCAGAUCCCGCAGAGAGAGUCUCUCAUCCAGAUGAAACUCUUAGAAAGAGGCUGAAAGAAAAACACGUGGAAGUGCAGAGAAUGAAAAAGGCAGUUGAAUCGUUGAUGGCAGCCAAUGAAGAGAAGGAUCGUAAGAUUGAGGAACUGAAGCAGUCGCUGCUGCGGUACAAGAAAGUUCAAGACAUGGUGAUGUCAGUGCAAGGCAAGAAAGAGAAAACCAAAGAUAACGAGCAUUUCGAGCAUCAGGGUGAUGGAUCCAGCGCGUUCUUCUCAAUCAACUCCGUGUCUGUGGAGUCACAAAAUCAAGAACUGACUGAUAUUGAACAACUGAGAAGGAAGAGUCCGGAUGAGUUGGAGAGCCUCAAUGGACUUGGUGAAGAGCAUUCACCUACACCCAGCCCUUCAGACCCAGAACGAGUAUCAGAGUCUCCACCGACAGAGUUAGAAAGCAGCCAGUAUACCACGAAGACUGGCAGCCAGGACCAGCUGGACAGGAGCAACAACGAAAAGAAUACAAGUGAAGCAGUCAGUGAAAAGCCGCCCAAGAGUCCCUCUGCCACCUUACCUGCCACCACGGAGGACGACAGCUUUGGCUCGAGAAAGGCUCGUUCAUCUUUUGGAAAGGGCUUCUUCAAGAUCCGUGGGGGCAAGAAGACAGCCAGUACCCCCAACCUCGACCGCAGCCGGAGUGCGAGUGCGCCUAUGCUAGCUGAAACAGAGCGACAGGGCACCGACCAUCUGGAUCUGGCUGGGCUGCCACAGAGCUCGGCCAACAGCGAUAGCACCCACACGCUCCCUACGACCCCAGAGAGCAAGAAAAAGUCCAAAGGAAUAAAGAAACUGUUUGGAAAGCUAAAAAGGAGCCAGUCUACCACAUUUAACCUGGAUGACAACCUACCAGAGGGUGAGUUCAAGAGGGGUGGAGUGCGAGCCACAGCAGGACCCAGACUGGGCUGGUCUCGUGACCUGCAAAGAGUCAGCAAUGAUGUCGACGCUCCAUUUGCACGCUGGUCAAAGGAUCAGGUGUGCGACUGGCUACAGGAUCAGGGUCUGGGUCUUUAUGUGAACAUGGCUCGUGUAUGGAUCUCCUCUGGACAGACGCUUCUACAGGCCUCACAACAGGACCUGGAGAGGGAGCUGGGAAUCAAACACCCGCUGCACAGAAAGAAGCUGCAGCUGGCUCUGCAGGCCCUUGGCUCAGAGGAGGAGAACAAUAAAGGAAAGCUGGACUACAACUGGGUGACGAGAUGGCUCGACGACAUCGGUCUGCCUCAGUAUAAGACCCAGUUUGAUGAGGGGAGAGUGGACGGUCGCAUGCUGCACUACAUGACAGUGGAUGACCUGCUCUCUCUGAAAGUGGGGAGUGUCCUGCAUCACCUCAGUAUCAAGAGAGCGAUCCAAGUGCUCCGACUCAACAGUUACGAGCCCAACUGUUUGCGUCGCAGGCCGUCUGACGAGAACAAUAUUUCUCCAGCAGAGAUUUCCCAGUGGACCAACCACAGGGUGAUGGAGUGGCUGCGAUCGGUGGACCUCGCUGAAUACGCUCCCAACCUGAGAGGCAGUGGUGUGCACGGAGGCCUGAUGGUUCUGGAGCCGCGGUUCAACGUGGAGACCAUGGCGUUGCUGCUGAACAUCCCGCCCAACAAGACGCUGCUGCGCCGCCACCUCGCCACACAUUUCAACCUGCUCAUUGGUUCGGAGGCCCAGCAGCUCAAACAGGAGUGUCUUGAAAACCCAGACUACACUCUGCUUACUGCCACCACCAAGGUCAAGCCAAGGAAACUGUCAUUUGGUAACUUUGGCAGCCUGAGGAAGAAGAAGCAGGAGGAGAGCGAGGAGUACGUGUGUCCGAUGGACGUGGAGAUGCCAAAGGGACGAAGCUUCCAGAAAGGCUUCGAGCUCCAAAUCUACGAGGACGACCUCGACAGGCUAGAACAGAUGGAGGACUCUGAGGGAACUGUGAGACAGAUCGGAGCUUUCUCUGAGGGUAUUCAAAACCUGACGAGCAUGCUAAAAGAUGACGAAUUCUUCAAAGAGAAUUCAAAUUCACCGAACCCCAGUGUAACGGACGAUGACUCCAACGCAUGAGACUGUCAGCGCCACGAGACCUGGUCCUGCUGUGAAUGAAACUCUGUGCCAACCCCCUCUCUCCACUCGCACACAGACUUGUCUCAACAGACUCCCAGGAAUGCUCCCACAUUUCUUUUUUUUAGUGUUGCAUUCAGAGAUGAGCCAAAAGUAUUACAGUGUCCUUCUUAUUUGCAGUUUCAAACGGUCCAGUAAGCCACUAUUACUCCUGAACUUUGCCUCCAUUACUGUCGUCGGAUGACGGAGGGAACAUUUGGGGCAACACCACUGCUUGCCUGCCAGCUGGUUUCUGGAGUUAUUUCAAGUGUCAACCCGCUAAAAAACGCCAAUAUAGAUUUUAAUAUAUAUCUUUUUAAAUUGCCUUCUGACUGUAGAGAUAUUGGAGAAAAAAAGAGAUGAGAAGAUUUGUCCCAUUUUUUAGAAGUUAGUGUAAAGUAAUAACUCCGAAACAGCUGCUAUGUUUUCUACAAAACUAAAAUUGUCAUAUAUUUUAUCCUACGCUGAACAUCUUACAGGUUUUUCACUCGACAGUAAUAUCCUACAUGCAUUUGCACCAGUACAUAUCAUAGCCUAAUGAAUAUCAUUGCAUGGUAUUGAAAUUCAACGCAUUAAUAUAAGAGCUUGUUUAUUUUAUUUUUACUAUAAAUUGAUUUUUAAUGGAACCAUGUUGGCUGACACAGAGUUAUUUUUGGAAAAAGUCGUAUUUGUGAGAUAAGAAUAAUGUUGUAAUGCAACCCAUCGACCUUAGAAGAUAGACUAUGUUGUUGUUUUUUACGUUUAUCCAUUUCUAAGAUGAAUAAAAUAAUUUAAAUCAG